AUGGCUGGAGCAACAACAGUGGACCCUGAAGGCUUCUGGGACAGCAACAGUACCAGCACAUUCAGAAGAUUUGAGUUAAAAGAUGAACCUCCCAUUAAAGAAAACCAUGUCAAAUCCAAGUAUCUGGAAGAUGCCUCCAGUUUUGACAAUUCAGGAAGAAUAGCAAAGGUGUCCAGAGUGUCAACCAUCAGGAGGAUAUUUGAUUUGACGAAGCAUCGGUCCAAAAGAUCCAUAUCCUUCCCAACAGGGAUUAAAAUCUGUCCACAAGAAUCAGUGAAACAAAUCUUGGCUGAUCUCCAGGCUUAUUACAGACUAAGAGUCUGUCAGGAAGCUGUGUGGGAAGCCUAUCGAAUAUUCCUGGACCGUAUCCCUGACACGAGUGAGUACCAGAAUUGGGUCAGUGCCUGCCAGAGGGAGACUUACUGCAUUUUUGACAUUGGGGGAACCUUCAUCAAUUCUCAGGAGUUCCAGGAACUUCUUCAGCAGAGGUUAAAGCAUCAACGUUUCCCUGAGAGAAAAGAUGAAAUUCUCACAGAGAAGGCAAUAGAAAGUAAAAAGUCUGAUGAAAUCCUUGUGCUUCCUACAGUCUCAGCAGGUGCUGCUAGCUUCUCUCCACUUCCCUUCACAUCCACUUCUAAUGGCUCACUUCUCAACAAACUUUUCAAUGACACAAAGACUCCUGUGAAGGAUAUUGAAACUGAAAUCACAAAUAUCAUAUCAGAGGGACCAAUGGAAGAGAUGUUAGAGUUUAGUGUCAACUUAGCAAAUCAGAAGUUUAAGGCAGAAUUGAAUGACCCAAAGUCCCCAUAUUACCAGGAACUAGCAGCAAAGUUUCAACAUCAGAUGCAAAAAAUCCUUAAGACACUUCCAGGAUUCAAAGAAAUCCAUGUACUAGGAUUUAGACCGAAGAAGGAAAGAGAUGGCUCUAGCAGCACAGUUGCUCGACAGCUGGUGAUCUUUAAGAGAGACAGCUCAGAAAGAGGAAGGCCCAGCGGCAACCUGUCAACCAUUCACCCUAAUGAAAUUGAAAAUGAACGCAAGUCUGAAAGCUCGAAGGAGGAGGAGGAACUUCAAGAAAGUAGCCUCACCUCAGCAAGGCUGCAGCAACUAAUUACCAUAGCACUAGAGGAAGACAACUCUCUGGAACUGGAAACAAUUCCAUUUACAGAAGAAAUUGAAAACUCUCCAGAGAGCUUGGAACAUGAUAUCCAAACAGUAAUGACUGUUACCCUCACUGAACAUUCAUUGGAUUCUACCUUGAAUCUUGGGUUUACAUUUGGUUAUCCCAACUCUGAGACAGAAGAAAGAUCAGAGCAAUAUUUAUCAAGUGAAUUCUCUACUUACAAAACAGCUGAUGAAACUGUUAUGACCCCUGUAAGUUUAACUCCACCAACCUCUCCAACCAAUGAGCAAUCAGUGUUUUCUGAAGGAUCUGAAUCUGGAAAAGAAACUAUAGGAGAAGAAAUGUUGUUUGACCACAAUUCUGAAAGACUUCCCAGUCCUGUGGAGAGUACUAUAGAUCCUUUCUUGAUAGGUCAAGAAAUAGAAGAGGAGCCAACAAUUGGCAUCACAGAAUGGCCUCUUCUAGGAUUUGGUAGCGAAGGUCUAUCUGGACAAGGGGAAUUUCCAGAUAUAAUGGAAUCAUCAGGUGAUACUUCUGCAGAAACCAUAGACAGUCUUUGGUCUCCUUUUGGUUCAGCAUCUCCCACCCAAAUGGAAUCUUUGCCAUUUUUCACUGGAUGGAGUGACUUCUCUCAAACUGAACAAGCAGGCAUAUUUCCCAUUGGUCAACAAUGGGAUCAAACAACAACUGAUCAAACAACUUUGCUUCCAGGGAUAGCUAGCUCUAUCUAUAGUCAAUCUAUUUCUCAAACCACAAUUUCUUCAGUGACUUCAGGAAGCAGCCCACACAUUUCAGGUACCCAGGCCAAUGUCCAAGGGCUUGACAGAAUAGACGAAGUGAUGGUAGAUGUUGGCUAUUCUUUCACUCCAGAAGCCAGCUCAGUAGACACCACCUUAACCAGCACCUUGAAAUAUAUUACCACUAGCUCUAUGACUACAGUCACCAAAGGAAAAGAAUUGGUGGUGUUCUUUAGCUUGAGAGUCACAAAUGUACCCUUUUCUAAUGACCUCUUCAAUAAGAGUUCUCAGGAAUAUCAAGACCUGGAGCAACAAUUCAUACAGUUGCUGCUUCCCUAUCUGAGCUCCAAUCUUACAGGAUUUAAGCACCUUGAGAUCCUCAACUUCAGAAAUGGGAGUGUGAUCGUGAAUAGUAAGAUAAAGUUUGCAAAGUCAGUCCCUUACAACAUCACGGAAGCAGUAUACUGUGUACUUGAAGAGUUCUGUUCCACUGCAGCCCAGCAACUCAAUCUGCAUGUAGACACUUACUCUCUCAACAUUGAGCCAGCUGAUCAAGCAGAUCCAUGCAAAUUUAUGGCAUGUGAUGAAUUUUCACAGUGUGUAAAGAAUGAAUGGACAAAAGAGGCUGAAUGCCUUUGUAAACCAGGAUUUGUCAGCCAAGAUGGACUACCCUGUCAAAGCCUAUGCAACAUGGAUCCAAGUCUUUGUGAGAAUGGAGGAAAAUGUGAACUGGUUCCAGGAAAGGGAGCUGUUUGUAGGUAGGUUGAAAACCAUGAAAUAGAAUAG